GCGGAAGCGCCGCCUGCGCAGUCUCAGUGAGGGCGUGUAUGUCUGUGUCUGAGGGAGAGAGCGAGAGUGAGUGAGUGUUGAGUGCGGGGUGGGGUGGUGGCCGUUACGUUCGGGGCAACGGCUGAGGCAGUGGAGAAGUGAGAAGAGAAACAACGUCCGGCGCUUCCGCCUUCGCCUGGGAGGAGGAGGAGGAGGGACCGGUAGGGAGAGGAGGGCCGUUCGCCCCGGGCCUGGACUAGACCUCGUCGGGCCGGCGGAGGUCCGGCUAUGUGCCUUUGAGGGUCGCUGCGGACGCCGCGCAGAGCCGAGAGCGAUGUCUCAGCCGCCGCCGCCGCCGCCGCUGCCGCCGCCGCCGCCGCCGCCGCCGCCGCCUCCCCCCGAGGCUCCGCAGACUUCGUCGUCGCUGGCGGCGGCGGCGGCGGCGGCUUCUCCGGGGGGCCUUUCGAAGCGGAGGGACCGGAGGAUCCUUUCCGGGAGCUGCCCGGACCCCAAGUGCCAGGCGCGCCUGUUCUUCCCGGCCUCCGGCUCGGUCAGCAUCGAGUGCACCGAGUGCGGACAGCGGCACGAGCAGCAGCAGCUGCUGGGAGUGGAGGAGGUGACCGACCCGGACGUAGUGCUGCACAAUCUGCUGCGGAACGCGCUGCUCGGGGUGACGGGAGCACCCAAGAAGAACACGGAACUGGUAAAGGUGAUGGGCCUCUCCAACUACCACUGCAAAUUAUUGUCGCCCAUAUUGGCACGCUAUGGAAUGGACAAACAAACGGGCCGGGCCAAGCUUCUCCGGGACAUGAACCAGGGCGAACUGUUCGAUUGCGCGUUACUGGGUGACCGUGCCUUCCUCAUCGAACCAGAGCACGUCAACACUGUGGGCUACGGCAAGGACCGCUCCGGAAGCCUCCUGUACUUGCACGACACUCUCGAGGAUAUCAAACGGGCCAAUAAAAGUCAGGAAUGCCUCAUUCCAGUGCAUGUGGAUGGGGAUGGACACUGCCUGGUGCAUGCUGUGUCUCGGGCUCUGGUGGGCCGAGAGCUCUUCUGGCAUGCCCUGAGGGAGAAUCUUAAGCAGCACUUUCAGCAGCACCUCGCCAGAUAUCAAGCCCUGUUUCAUGACUUCAUUGAUGCUGCCGAGUGGGAGGACAUUAUCAACGAGUGUGACCCUCUGUUUGUGCCGCCAGAAGGUGUCCCCUUAGGCCUGAGAAACAUCCACAUAUUUGGCCUUGCUAAUGUGUUACAUCGCCCCAUAAUUCUCUUAGAUUCCCUCAGUGGCAUGAGAAGCUCUGGUGAUUAUUCAGCCACCUUUCUACCUGGGCUCAUACCUGCAGAGAAAUGCACUGGGAAAGAUGGUCAUUUGAACAAGCCAAUAUGUAUUGCAUGGAGUAGUUCUGGUAGAAACCAUUAUAUUCCCUUGGUAGGCAUAAAAGGGGCUGCCUUGCCCAAACUGCCCAUGAAUUUGCUUCCUAAAGCAUGGGGUGUGCCUCAGGAUCUUAUUAAGAAGUACAUCAAACUCGAGGAAGAUGGUGGUUGUGUUAUUGGAGGAGACAGAAGUUUGCAAGAUAAGUACUUACUCAGGCUGGUUGCUGCUAUGGAAGAAGUCUUUAUGGACAAACAUGGCAUCCAUCCUAGUUUGGUUGCUGAUGUCCAUCAGUAUUUCUACAGAAGGACUGGGGUGAUAGGAGUUCAGCCAGAGGAAGUUACAGCAGCUGCAAAAAAAGCAGUGAUGGAUAAUCGCCUUCACAAGUGUUUGCUCUGUGGUGCCCUUUCUGAACUUCAUGUCCCUCCCGAGUGGUUGGCUUCAGGAGGGAAGCUGUAUAACCUGGCAAAAAGUACUCAUGGACAGCUGAGGCCUGACAAAAAUUACAGCUUUCCCUUAAACAAUUUGGUUUGUUCAUAUGAUGCAGGGAAAGAUGUCCUGACACCAGACUAUGGAUUGAGUAAUCUAACAGCUUGUAAUUGGUGCCACGGCACAUCUGUGCGGAGAGUCAGAGGAGAUGGCUCUAUUGUGUAUUUGGAUGGAGACAGAACUAAUUCUAGGUCUUCUGGUGGCAAAUGUGGUUGUGGAUUCAAACACUUUUGGGAAGGUAAAGAAUAUGACAACCUCCCAGAAGCUUUUCCUAUCACUUUGGAAUGGGGAGGAAGAGUGGUCAGAGAAACAGUAUAUUGGUUCCAGUAUGAAAGUGAUCCAUCCUUGAAUAGUAACGUUUAUGAUGUUGCAAUGAAACUUGUUACCAAGCACUUUCCAGGUGAAUUUGGGAGUGAGAUCCUAGUUCAGAAAGUUGUCCACACUAUAUUGCAUCAGACUGCAAAAAAAAAUCCUGACGAUUACACUCCUGUAAAUAUAGAUGGUGCUCAUGCUCAGAGAGUUGGUGAUGUGCAAGGACAAGAAUUGGAGCCUCAGCUACCAACUAAAAUUAUUCUUACUGGACAGAAAGCAAAAACUUUGCACAAGGAAGAAUUAAACAUGAGUAAAACUGAAAGAACUAUACAACAGAACAUCACAGAGCAGGCUUCUGCAAUGCAGAAACGGAAAACAGAGAGAUUAAAACAAGAGCAGAAGGGGCCGCCCAGAACUGUUUCCCCAAGUACUGUUCGCGAUGGCCCAUCUUCUGCUCCUGCCACCCCCACCAAGGCUCCCUACUCACCUACAACUUCCAAGGAGAAGAAGAUUCGAAUAACAACUAAUGAUGGACGGCAGUCCAUGGUUACCCUUAAGUCUUCAACAACAUUUUUCGAACUUCAGGAAAGUAUAGCCAGAGAGUUCAACAUUCCUCCGUAUUUACAGUGUAUUCGAUAUGGCUUUCCUCCUAAAGAGUUAAUGCCACCCCAGGCGGGAAUGGAAAAGGAGCCGGUUCCUUUACAGCAUGGUGACAGAAUUACAAUAGAGAUCUUAAAAGGCAAAGCAGAAGGUGGUCAGUCACACUCACACACGGCUUCAGCACGCUCACACUCAGCAUACUCACACACGGCCCACACUGUGAAGCCAGAAGAUAUUACUGCUACUGGCAAACUGUUGUCCAAGGAACUUCAGGAGCAAGCUGACAAAGAAAUGUACUCCCUGUGUCUUUUAGCAACAUUAAUGGGAGAAGACGUAUGGUCGUAUGCAAAGGGACUUCCUCACAUGUUCCAGCGUGGUGGUGUAUUCUACAAUAUUAUGAAGAAAACGAUGGGCAUGAAUGAUGGCCAACAUUGUUCUUUUCCACAUCUACCUGGCAAAAUCUUUGUCUAUAAUGCUUCUGAAGAUAGACUGGAGUUGUGUGUCGAUGCUACAGGACAUUUCCCCAUUGGUCCUGAUGUUGAAGAUUUAGUUAAAGAGGUUGUAAGUCAGGUUCGAGCAGAGGCUACUACAAGAAGUAGGGAAUCAAGCCCCUCCCAUGGGUUAUUAAAACUAGGUAGUGGUGGAGUAGUGAAAAAGAAAUCUGAGCAACUUCACAAUGUAACUGCCUUUCAGGGAAAGGGGCAUUCUCUAGGAACUGCAUCCAGUAACCCUCACGUUGAUCCCAGAGCCAGGGAAACACUGGCUGUAAGAAAGCAUAACACAGGGACAGAUUUUAGUAAUAGUUCCAUUAAAACAGAGCCUCCUGUGUUCACAGCUGCUCCUAGUAACAGUGAGCUCAUUCGAAUAGCUCCUGGAGUAGUAACAAUGAGAGACGGCAGGCAGCUUGAUCCGGAUGUGGUUGAGGCCCAGCGAAAAAAAUUGCAGGAAAUGGUUUCUUCUAUUCAGGCUUCAAUGGACAAACACUUGCGGGAUCAAAGUACAGAGCAGACACCAUCUGAUCUUUCUCAAAGAAAAGUAGAAGUUGUGAGUUCUCCUGUGAGGCAUGGGAGUCUUCAGACUGGCUUGCCUGAAUCUUUUUCUUUAACUGAUGGCACUGAGAGUCCGAGUACUGAAACAACUGAUAGUUGUGUGGCAGACACCCUGGGAGCGGCGUUUGCCACGAAGUCAAAAGCACAAAACGAAAAUUCCAUGGAGGAACCUGAAGAGAUGGAUAGUCAAGAUGCUGAGACGACUAACACAGCUGAGCCAAUGGAUCACUCUUGAUUGAAUUAGAGGCUAAUAAAGGCAGAGUGUUUAUUGUGAAUAUGUAAUAUUUGUUGGCUGGGCCACAUAAUUUGAGUAGUCAUUAAAAAUCUUGUACGUAUAUAAUUCAAAGAUUAUAUCUUGUUAUUCAGUGCAUGAUAAGCAAGUGUGUGAUUGGCAAUAGCUUUUAAUAUACUGCUGCCCAGGCUGGCUCUGAAUUCUUGUAAAUUAGUUUAGAUCUAUUGAAAGAGUUUCUUCCAUAUAAGGUGGUUCAUUGGAAGUUCUUUGUCAUUUUAAUUCCACGAAAGUCUUAAUUUUCAGACAUGAAAAUUCUCUUGCUAAAUGUUUCAUUUCUGCAGAGACCAGAAUUGAAGAGAGAGUAAGAGUUUGCACAUAUUGUCAUCAAGGUAGCCAUCCUACAUGUCAUGAGAAUGUCGAUUUCAAGUUUACCUGAACUAAAUGUAUCUUAAAAUGCAUAAAACACUUUUAGACUACUUAAAAGUUAUAACAUUAUAGAAACAGCUAUUGUUGGCAAAAAUAUCUUGACAGUAGAGUGUAAUGACACAACGUUUUCCUGAUUUGAGUUAAGUUGGGAAGAACGAUCUAUCCUAGUAUGAUAAAGGCAGCAUAAUUCAGUUAGUUGGUCUGAGCCAAUAUGGCCAGUUGUGUGCUCUUGUUGAUAAUAUGUUGCCAUUAUUUUUUUAAUCUUGGCCUUGUCAAGUUCCACCUGUUGUUUUUUAAAUCUUGCAUAAAAGAGAAUUACAAUUUGUUUUAGAAAAUUUAAAAAUAAUGGUAGCAGUAGUUAAUUUGUAACUUUCAGAGUAUGUCAGAGUCACAGAGAAUUUAUCUUUAUGAAUGGGUUACAUUGUUCUACAGUUUUGACACAGUGGUGUUUAAGCCUGUAUAUGCUAAAUGUCUCUGGGCCCCUUUGAACCAAAAAUGUUUCCUUUUUUUCUUAGAUUUUCUGUAAGAUUUUCUUUUUGUUGGCUUCACUUGAGUUUGGAUGCACAGUUUACUGCCACAUACCGUGAGCAACUGAGCAUUUGCUUAAACAUUGCAUCAUUAACUCUUCAGUGCCAGUUCCCUUGAACAGCUUUCGUGCAUAUUCUUUAAAAGCAGAGUGUAUACUCCUGAGAUUGGUACUGCACUAUUGUAUUCUGUUCUGCAGAUCUGUAUUUGUAAAUGUAUUUCAGUCCGUCAUCUUCCCUUGUUUACUGAAAUUAAGUUUAAUUUGAAUGAAUGAAAGACAAAUGUAUGUUAAUAUAAUCUCUUAGAGCAUUCAAAGCCUGGCUGUCUCUGUUUGCACAUGUAACAGAUGCAGAACUGUUUGCAAUUCUACAAAACUGUAUGUCAGAAAAUACAUUAUCAGGUGUUUAAAAAAA